UGAGAGCGCUGAGCUAUAGGAGGCAAUGGAAGAAGAGGCUAAUCGCAUCCCGAUUUCACUACAUUUGACAUUAUUACGAGGAAUCUAAAUGCAAGAAGACGAAACCGAGUUGUGAGUCCCGAACUUGACCGGACAAUGGAAGUAGCUCUCUGCAGCAGUUCCAUCUCACCCCUGGGAGUCAACUACCGAGACACGGCGAGUACCUGCAGAAAAACAUCAGUCAGCACCGCCGGGGUAACUACAACUACGUGUGGCUUGAAAGCAACACCUCUGAUUUUGGGAUGCAUAUAAGAGAAAGCGUUAAGAAAAAAACACUGACUACGUAUGUAUAUAUUUCGUGUAACAACUGUGCAAUUCCGCUACUGAUCUAGACGUAAGGGCUAUACAGCCACGUAGUAAAACAUCUUCUAAAAUUGAGACAUUCAUUAAGACGCAGAGCACAUGCAUUGCCACAUUUAUCACUGAAGGAGGCAUGUUGAAAUUGACAAAUUCCCCUUGUAACAAAAUCCAAAUGGAUCGCAUAGAAUAAACGUCGGAAAUAUCUGUGAUAUCGUAGCCUAACGUGCUGUACCCUCAAAGCAACAAUAACCUGGGCUGAGUGAAAUUCCGCAAACCGCGUUUGCCGCUGUCCGUUGUCCUGAAAAAGUACUCAUUAUUUGGGUUAUCCGAAUCAAUGACGGCGGUCUAAGGAAGAAGGUUUCAUGGCCUGGGCGGUUAUGAACAUCUUGUGGUUUUCUUGUGACUCUGGAAUCUGAAAAAAAACAACAGAAGAAUUGUUCACCUUGGAGGUCCGAAAUCAUUAAAGAAAUUGGAAUUCUACUAUUGGUACUCCUGGAGCUGUAGGUAGCCCGAAUGAGACCGGCAAAAAUGUUCCGAAUAAACGCUCUCGGGAUCUAUUUGUGGGAAACAAUAGUAUUUUUCAGCUUUCUUUUUGGAGCUAUAAGUUGCUUGGCAGCCUCUAAAGAAUCCGCGGCUCGAAAAGCCGCCUCCCCGAUGCCUCCCUCUGAGUUCCUGGACAAACUCAUGGGUAAAGUUUCGGGUUACGAUGCAAGAAUCAGACCUAAUUUCAAAGUUGCAGGGGUCCCCCCGAGUGGAAGAGACCCACAAGGCCCCAAAACAGAAGCUUCUCACAAGAAAGGUCCCCCUGUAAACGUAACGUGCAACAUUUUUAUUAACAGUUUUGGGUCCAUCGCUGAAACAACAAUGGACUACAGAGUGAAUAUCUUCCUGAGGCAACAAUGGAACGACCCCAGGCUGGCCUAUAGUGAAUACCCCGACGACUCUCUCGACCUGGACCCGUCUAUGUUGGACUCUAUCUGGAAACCUGAUUUGUUCUUCGCCAAUGAAAAAGGCGCCAAUUUCCAUGAGGUUACGACUGACAACAAGCUACUAAGGAUUUCAAAAAAUGGGAACGUAUUGUAUAGUAUCCGAAUAACACUGGUCCUGGCCUGUCCCAUGGACUUGAAGAACUUCCCAAUGGACGUACAGACCUGUAUCAUGCAGCUGGAGAGUUUCGGCUAUACGAUGAAUGAUCUCAUAUUUGAGUGGGAUGAGAAGGGAGCCGUGCAGGUCGCAGACGGGCUGACGUUACCUCAGUUUAUACUGAAAGAGGAGAAAGACUUGCGAUACUGUACCAAGCACUACAACACAGGAAAGUUCACUUGUAUCGAGGCUCGUUUCCAUCUGGAGAGGCAGAUGGGCUAUUACCUGAUUCAGAUGUACAUCCCCAGCCUUCUGAUUGUCAUUUUGUCCUGGGUGUCCUUCUGGAUCAACAUGGACGCUGCACCUGCCAGAGUGGGAUUGGGCAUUACCACCGUGCUCACUAUGACCACCCAGAGCUCCGGCUCCCGAGCCUCCCUCCCCAAGGUGUCGUAUGUGAAAGCCAUUGACAUCUGGAUGGCUGUGUGCCUCCUGUUUGUCUUCUCGGCCCUGCUUGAGUACGCCGCUGUGAACUUCAUCGCUCGGCAACACAAGGAACUGCUGCGCUUCAGGAGGAGAAGGAGACACAUGAAGGAGGAUGAGGGCGGUGAGGGCCGGUUCAGCUUCACAGCCUAUGGCAUGGGCCCAGCCUGCCUGCAGGCCAAAGACGGCAUGGCCAUCAAAGGGAACAACAACAACGCCCCGACCGCCACUGCCGGCCCUCAGGAGAAAACGGUGGAAGAGAUGCGCAAGCUCUUCAUCGGCCGCGCGAAGAGGAUCGACACGGUCUCUCGCGUGGCUUUCCCGCUAGUCUUCCUCAUUUUUAAUAUUUUCUACUGGCUCGUAUACAAGAUCAUCCGAAGCACGGAUGUACACCAGAUGACGUGAGCAAGGGAAGAGAGAGAGUUCAAUACCACACCAUCCUGCUCCCAAACCCCAAUACUCCUCGCUCUUCACUUGCUCACUUGCUUUUGGUGGCUAUCGCCUUGGCAAAAGGUAAUUUAUCAAUAUUUGUUAUUUUAUUUUAUUCCCCCCCUCCUCUUUUCAACCUGAAUAAUCCGGACCAGUGCAAUAGCAAUGCAGUAAAAUGCAUGAUAUAUGAAUGUGGCAAAAUAUUUACAAAACGAUAAAUCAGUAAAAUGUUACGAGUUUUACCGAUACAUCCGGGAAUUUAUGAUAACUGAGAAUUUAGAAAGAAAGAGAUGUUCUUCUAAGAAGUGUUAGUUUUAUCUUCGCAACUCAAAGAAGACAGACACUGCAUUCUAAAGAAGAAGAAGAAGAAGUUGGGGAAACACACAGCACUGUAAUAUAGUAUAUAUCUAUCUAUCAUAUAUUUAAAAACUGUUAUUGCUCUCGAAAGGCAGAUGUCUGGAUGGAACACGAGGGAUGGAUUUUUAAAAGGAUACUAAGACGAUUUUAGUGUUUCCGUUAAUAAAGUGUCGCAAGGAUCGUGUGGUCCUAUAUAUCUCAAUUAGCUUCAAUGUGUGUUGCAAGCACUUAUCAACGCUCCCUGAGCCCUUAACAGAAUCUGAGAUGUGGUUGAUGCUGCUAUCAACUAUAUGAAGGAAACUUGAUGAGUCAAAAUACUAUUCUAUUGUUUCUCACCGCUGUGGUCAACGUGUUCCUCUGUCUGCCCUUAACUUUAUUUCUCAAUUGCAUAUCGUUUUUAAUUUUAGUGUCAAGUAUAUAUCAUGUUGCUGUAAUCAGCUCAAGCUCUUCUUGGGAACUCUAAAUUCUAAAGGGACAUUUGUCAUCAUUCACAUAUCCUCAUUGUUGCAUUCAUUAAUUCAUUUAUCCAUGUGCUUUUUUUUAAGGAUUUGGUACUUAAAUCAAAAUAUAAUUCAUGAAAAGUGAAUCUACACUGGAAAAAUAAUAAUAAUUUAAUCCUGAUUCUUCCUACUCGUUUCAUUGAAGCUGUACUGUUAACAUUUGUUUCGUUAUUUUCAUAGUUUAUUACCCAGUUACGGUAAGAUACCCAGCAGGCAAUGGAGAAAAAUGUAGUGAGUUAAGAUUAAAACAAGAAAACACCUACUGUACCUUAACAAUUAUUACCAUUAAUAUAUUUACACAUAUUAAUAAUGUAGCUAAAAAAAACAUAUGCAUUAUUAUCAUCAUUUACUAAAUAUGCCUAAAAGAUAUUCACUCAAAAUCAUGGAAAAUAGUUUGAUACUUUAACAACAAUGAUCGGCACAAUGUUCUCAUUGGUGUAUAAUGCAGUAAUGUUAUAGUUCACAAUACUACAGUAUACCGUGAAACUGAUUGAUUGAUACAUUCAUUCAACUAGUCAGUGGUUUGAUUUAAGAUACUGAAAUCCAUUACUUCUCACCAGGCUUUUCUAUGCAAUAAUUAAUAUAUGCAAUUAUUUUUUAAAUUAGCUUUACCAUUUACAAAACAUUAUCAUGAAUCUGUUUGAACUUGUGAGCCAUCAAGUUUUUUAAUUUAAGACAUCACAGAUCACAGUGCUCAUCUUUCCAAUGGUGGACAUACAUACAAACACACACGAGGCCUUCAGAUCUACACCCUUAAGCAUAAUGUAAACUAUUCACCCUCCUCCUAGGCCCAUCAUUCUCCACGCAUUUACAUUCAACUACAAACGGGCCAAGCUACAGUGGCUUUUCAUAUUGCAUAUUUAAGACUCUCUGCUCUCUGUAGCCCCACCUCUGGGACAUUGUUUAGCUAGCCUAAAGUGCUGUCACCAAGCCCCAGAAAUAAAGACUACACUACUGCUACCACAGGAAGUAUGGCCUGAGACACAUUGUCAUGGAUGGGAGACUCGGACACAGUUGAAAUAAACACUGGUCAAGUGAGUUUUUGCAUUUAACUUUAAUGCCAAAUGUUAUUUUCCUCUACUUGGUUUUUAUUCCAAACCAAAUAAGUAUUUUGUUAACCUAUGAUCAUUGCCUUCCUGGUUCGGUUUUGAAUAUGACGACAUAAGGGGAAAGAUGCCAGAACACCUUCGCAACAGAUAUUAUGCACUGGUUCAGGAUAUUGUUUAGGUUUUGUUGUCGUAACUUAGAUUGAUUCAGUUCUUUCCAUUGACUUCCCAGUGUGUGGAUAAAGUGCUUCCAUUUCUUUUUGUGGUAAUAUGAUGCUAUUCAAUUAACAAUAUUAUAUAUUUUGAUAUGAAACGUUUUCUCUGCUUCUUCAUCCCUGUUUUCUUCUUCUUGUUGAAAAGUGUAAUCCAUUACUUUAACAGGUCAUAGAUGUUUCUAAUGUGUUAAUGAUAGUUUGAGGUAGUUUGAUGUUUGAGGCUUGAUGGACUUGCACAAGAGAUUAUAACAAUAUUUUACAUUUCGGUCAAUUAUUUCUUAAAUUCGUAUUAUCUUCCAGUAAUUCAUAUUUACCUUCCAGUUGAGGCAGUAUUUGUCAUAAGAUAUGUGUGUUUUUAACAGACACAGUCCAUGUGGGUAAAUUGAUUUGAAGGUCUAUGUUUUUUCAGUGGUGUUAUUGUAUCCCGGAAAAUGUACUUUUCUACAUGGGGCAUACUUAUGUAAUUUAUAAUGUUAUGCUUUACCCAAAACUAUGCAUUUAUAAAAAUCCAUUGUUAGAAUAGGGUUAAAACAUAAAGGGCCUUUUAAAAUAUCAGCACAGUAAUCAAUAUGUUCUGAAAGUGCUGAAUGAUUUGUUGAUAGAUACAGUAUUUAUUUGUUGGCUGUAAUAUUUCAGUACAUGAAUCUUUCCUCAGUUUUGACUUCCUCAGACAAAACUAUCCAUUAAAUAAGAUGCUAUCCAGUGUUGAAUAUGCAGCAAACUAGGAACUAGUCAUAUCAUGUACCUCCACUCAACCACCAUGAUAUUCACUCAUCCAUUCAAUAGUUAUGGAUUGAACUCUAUGCCCUGACCAUGUGAAGGAUCACUGCACUUGGGACAAUGCUAUAUAGAUUUAUUGUAACCAAUUGCUUAUUAAGGUGCAUUAUUACUAGCGACCUGUCCAGGGCGUGUACUUGUACAUCAAGCUGCCUCAUGCUACAGAAACAGGAGAUAGGCUCCAGGGUUGGGGUCAAUUCCUAUUUAAAUUGAAUUUUAAUUCAAUUCAGAAUCGACCUGGAAUUAGAAUUCAAUACAUGGUAAAUGAAAAGGCAGAAAUAAUUGAAUUGGAAUUGAAUUUCUGGAAUUUACCCUGACCCUGAUAGGCUCCUGCCCUACGGGACAAGGGGCAGGGGCUCGGACAAGGCUUACUUUGUUUAUUAUGUUAUUCAAGAUGGAAAUGACACUUACUGCUCUGAAUAGACAACUUCAACAAGGUCUAACGUAUUCUAGAACACUGACACAUUCUACAACAAGAAUUGUAUGUUUAACUUAAUUGCUCAGCAGAUCAACGUUCAAAGUAUGGAAGUGGUAGGAAUGUUCACUGAUGGGGAAACCCUCCAUUGAACAGAUAGGACUUCCUCCCCUUCAUAUCAACCUGACCUAUCAUAAUGUCAAAUAUUAUUGACAAUGAAGGAAGUUCAUAUAAUAUUUGGCAUAUAGGACAGUGCAAUAUGAACAUUUUAAAAGUAUGAAAUUCAACUAGCAUGUUAUGAUUUGUUAGUAAUUGCUGAUAACAACAGCUGUUUGAUUCUGUUGUUUUUUUAAUAUAUCAGAUGCCCUGGUUGUGGUGAUGCACUCACCACCCAGUGAUAGAGAUGGACACAAAUAACCAGUCAUGAACUGAACUGUACACAAAAAUGGAAACGUUUCUAUUUAUGUAUUUUUAUUCAUUUUUAGCACACAAGUUGGAAUGGCCUUAAUUUAGUUUUACUUGCUUAAAUAUUGUGUACUGGCACAAAGUGCACAUCUUAAUUUGCUAAUUACAGUUAUGAUAAUAAUCCAAGAGUGCACUUCAGAAGAAGGAAAAAAGUUCAGCAAAUCCUUUUUUUUUAUUUGAUUAAAAUGUGAAAACACUGAAUAUUUUUGCAUGAAUAUAAACACAAUGGCAGAUAUUUUUGGCUUGUACAAAAAUGUUAGCAAUUUGAAGAAAAAAAAAGGAAUGUACAAUUUCUGCUGUAACUGUAUAUAACUAAAUAUUUAUUGAAAUAUGUCAUUAUAAGUAAUUCUAAUUACAAUUAAAGGUUUUCUGAA